CCGCGCAUGCGCAAGGGUGGGCGCACAGCUUUGUGGGAAUCGUGGUCCGACAAGCUUGGACUCCACUUCCCGUGGUGCCCUGGGCGAGUAACUUCCGGUGCGGGUACGGGUCGGCGCACGCGGUCUCGAUUCGGUUGAAUUUGCGGAGCCAUGGAGGGUGGCUUCGGCUCGGACUUCGGGAGCUCCGGCGGCGGCAAGCUAGACCCGGGACUCAUCAUGGAGCAGGUGAAGGUGCAGAUCGCCGUGGCUAACGCGCAGGAGCUCCUGCAGAGGAUGACGGACAAGUGCUUCCGGAAGUGCAUCGGGAAGCCGGGGGGCUCCCUGGACAAUUCGGAGCAGAAGUGCAUCGCCAUGUGCAUGGAUCGCUACAUGGACGCCUGGAACACCGUGUCCCGCGCCUACAACUCGCGGUUGCAGCGGGAGCGAGCCAACAUGUGACCCCCGCGGGCCGCGCUCGGCCCCGCGGGCUCCCUGCAGGCCCCCGCCCCCAUCCCCCGUUCCGUUUCCAUAAAGCCCCUUUGUGAAGCGGGGACCCGCCUGUGCAUCCUGCCUGCCCGUGGUUCCUGAGGACGAGACCGGUGCCGCCACACCGGGGGCGCCGCUCCCUCCCGCCUGCCAGCCAGAGCAGCUUGGGUCUUGGGGGGCCCGGGGACUUCCCAGAAUGCAGGUGGCGCGAACCCUGCGGAGUCCAGGCUCACCUUUCUCUUGGGGCAGAGUCCGCCCUCGGGCCUGGGGGCGUGGUCAGGCCCCACCUGGCUGUGGGGACCAAUAAACUAGGGAGGGGCGGAGAGAACCCGGGGGACCCGGUCGGUGUCCCCCGGAGGGGUUUCUGCAGGAGGUGGCCCGGUGUGAUCCCGGGUCCCCUGACCAGCCUGCGCCUUUCCCCUCUGCGCCCCCGCUUUCCAAUGACGAUGACCGGGAGCCCGUUGCUCACACGAAAGGCUGCUUGAAGAGGAGGCCGGCCAGAGCCCCCCCCAGCUCUGGCGCCGAAGACCGAGGGUAGCCCCGUCUCGGCGAGGCCUUGCUGCCCCUUCCCCGCGCUUCCCAGAUCGGGGCCCCGGGUGAGUGGCAGCAGCGGUCCUGCUGUGAUACGGAGGUGCUGAGCCAGCAGGCUAGGGACGAGGGGCUGUUUAUUGGAUCCAAAUAUGCAUUAAACCUGCACCCUUCACCCGGCA